ACGUGCCGAUGUGUCUAGUGGUCGCUAUAAAUGAAUCCGCUGCUGAACGCGAGCCAUGGUGUCUGCAUCCCUACAAACUCGAGCUAUGGUACAAAGAAAACAUACAACGUGGAACCACGGAUUUCGACACGGACUGCCGUGAGGCUGUGGAUACGGUCGUCAGAUAUCUCCACAGGGACUGCUCUACAAGUAUAUUCCUGUUUGACGUCUCCAAAGUUAUCAAGGGAGGAUCUCUCGGUAAAGGCACCAUGGUCAAGGAUCUAUCCGACGUGGAUCUGGUGGCGUUCAUCAAUCCGCCUCACAUGACCUCAUUGGGGUCAACCGAUCCACAGGUCUACCGGAACAACCUCAAGGCUGUACUUGAGCAGCUGGAAGCGGCGCUGCGCCGUCACCCCUGGGUGAGAUUCAACAGGAGCGACGCGUACCUGGUCAACUUUGCCGUGGAGGUUCGCUCGGCUGCGUCGGACCCCAGAUGGGUAGAUGUCGAUCUACUGCCCACGGCCGAUAACAUUUCAGGAUCUACCAUGGGUUCGUUGUUCAGAAAGAUGCUGCAAAUGCGCGGCUACGACCGCGGGUUCUACUCGGCCUCCUUGGUAAAAUUCCAGCGUGAAUUCGUGAAGAACCUGCCGGCGUACGUCAAGGAUCUGAUCCGCCUGGUCAAGUACUGGGCCUACACCUGCCUGCCCCCGGCCCUUCGUAAGUCCUACCCGCUGGAGCUGAUCACCAUUCAUCGCUGGGAGGAAGCCGGGCGCCCCUCCCGUUUCAAGAAGGCCCAGGGUUUGAGAGAUGUCCUUCAGACCUUGACUGAUCUCAACCAGCUGAAAAUCUACUGGAUGGAGCAUUACGACAGGGUGCUGGCAGAGCUGUCGAUUGAGAAACUUGGCUUAACAAACCCCAUCGUUUUAGAUCCGGCCAAUCCGACCAACAACGUCUGCAGUGUUUACCAUUCGUUCGACAACCGAGAGAAACUGCAGGAUGCUGCCGGAAAGACCCUUCAGUCUGCGCUGCUUCGUGAUGUCAAGAUCACUACCUACUGGGGUGGUUCGUAUGAGGGAGGAAUCCGCAUCGACGACGACACGUUUUCCUCCACGUUUAUACUAUAACAAUUAUUGUAGCGUACGCCAUUAAGGAGGUCCGCUCAAAUGAUUAGAAUUAAGGACACCAAGGGCAAUCAAGACAAAU